AGUGAGGGUCUCGACCGUGCCUCUCCGGGCAGCGCGUGCAGGCGCGGUAGUAGUUGUGUGCUGUGAGAGAGUGUGCGCGCGCGCGAGCGCGGGGAGCGUGUUUUGUGUGCGUGUGUGCUCGACGCUGUUGCGUCCGGGGGCUCGAAGCAAAACCCGUAGGGGGGAAUGGUGCGAAUCUGUGUAUACGUGUGAGAAAAAACUAAACAUGCAGUAAAAUGGAGUGCAGUGUGUAUUUGGUUUUGACGGCGGUGCUCAGCCUACUAGAAUGCAUGUGCGUGUUUUCGUUCAAUCUGGAUUUUCGCAUUCCCAUCGUAAAACGGCAACAAGCAGACACUUACUUCGGGUUUUCCGUCGCUGAGCAUCAAACAUUAGCACCCAGCGGGAAUGUCCAGAGCUGGUUGCUGGUGGGCGCGCCGCGCGGGGUCAACCUGCAGCCCAACACGACGCGCAGCGGCGCGCUCUUCAAGUGCCCGCUGACGACGCGCCUCAACGACUGCGAGCAAGUGGUCACCGACGGCAAGCGCGACUCUGACGGGCUGUUCGAGGCGUCCUCCAAGAACCUGCAGCCGCCGCUGCCGGACGAGCACAAGGAGGACCAGUGGAUGGGCGUGACCGUGCGCAGCCAGGGCCGCGGAGGAAAUGUGCUCGUAUGCGCGCAUCGAUACAUCUACAAAGGGAGAGAUCGACAGGCCAUGUGGGGCUUCGGUCUCUGCUACCUCCUGAAGCAGGAUUUUGAAUUUGGCCAAGCAUGGGAGCCCUGUCGAGGACGUCCCAUCCAGUUGGCGCACGAGCAGUUCGGCUUCUGCCAGGCGGGCACGAGCGGCGCGCUGCUGGCCGACGACGAGGCCGUGGUGGGGUCGCCGGGCCCGCACACGUGGCGGGGCACCAUGUUCCUGCAGAACAUCUCCACCGCGGACUUCCUCACGCGCGACAAGACCGUCUACUACGGCCCCGUGCUGGACCCGGUGAAGAAGUACGCGCAGGACGUGUCGCCCGUGGACAAAUACAGCUAUCUGGGGAUGUCGGUGGCCGGCGGCCGCUUCUUCGGCACCAACGAGACGCUGUACGCGGCGGGCGCGCCGCGGGCCAACAACGGCACGGGCCAGGUGGCGUUCUUCGCCAAGCGGCGGCGCGGCGACAGCGUGCUGGCCGUGCGCCUGCUGCUGGCCGGCGAGCAGUUCGCGUCGAGCUUCGGCUACGAGCUGGCCACCGCCGACGUGGACGGCGACGGCGUCGACGACCUGCUGGUCGGCGCGCCCUUCUUCUUCAGCCGCCACCAGGGCGGCGCCGUCUACGUCUACCGCAGGAUCAACGAGACGUGCGGCGUGGCGGGCGACGCGUGCAACGUGCCGCAGAAGCUCACGGGACUGCCCGAGUCCAGGUUCGGCUUCGCCAUCGCCAACGCGGGCGACCUCAACAAGGACGGCUUCGCGGACGUGGCGGUGGGCGCACCCUACGAGGGCUCGGGCGCCGUCUACGUCUUCCUGGGCUCCAGCGAAGGGCUGCUGCCGGAGCCCUCCCAGGUGGUGCGCGUGAGCGACCUGCCGAGCUCCGUGGGGCGGCUGAGCGCCUUCGGCCACUCGCUGAGCGGCGGCGUGGACAUGGACCUCAACAGCUACCCGGACCUGCUGGCCGGCGCGUACGAGGGCGACGCCGUGGUGCUGCUGCGCGCGCGGCCCAUCGUGGGCAUCAGCACGCGCUUCCACCCGGACCCCAUCGCCAACAUCGACCACCAGCGGCCCGGCUGCCCCGCCGACCGCCGCUCGCCGCACGCCUGCUUCGCGUUCCACACGUGCGCCAAGCUGGACCCGCUGGCCGGCGAGCGGCGCGGCGCCAGCGCCGUGGGCGGCCAGGUGCGCCUCAACUACACGCUCGAGGCCGAGACCUUCCAGCCCGGGCGCAAGUUCUCGCGCGUGUGGUUCAAGGGCGUGGCGCCCUCGCACGUGGUGCGCAGGGACAUCCUCGUGGACGCGCGCUCCGACCGCGAGACCUGCCAGGAGGAGAUCGUCUACGUCAAGGAGGGCAUCACGGAUAUCCAGUCGCCCAUCCGCUUCCGGGUGGCGUACUCGCUGGUGCAGCGCGAGCCCGUGCAGCCGCGCCCCGGCGAGCCGCUGCCGCCCAUCGACGACUACCCCAUCCUCAACCAGCAGGAGGCCGCCAAGACGUUCGAGGCCACCUUCCAGAAGGACUGCGGCGACAACGACAUCUGCGAGAGCAGGCUCUUCCUCGAGGCGCGCCUGCUGCUGCCCAACGCUCGGCGCGUGAACACGUCGGAGCUGGUGCUGGGCAGGCACGACAACGUGACGCUGAACGUGACGGCGUACAACCUGAGGGAGUCCGCGUACUCGGCGCGCCUCUUCAUCAGCCACCCGCGCAGCCUCAACUACACGCACUACAAGUCGGAGGCUGUCGCUGCCGGACCGGCUGCUGUACGGGGGCGUGCCCGUGGGCGAGUCGGCCGUGCGCUCGCAGGAGCAGGUGGGCACGCGCGUGGUGCACGUCUUCAAGCUGUACAACGCCGGGCCGUGGGUGGCGCGCAACGUGGAGCUGCGCAUCGACUGGCCGCACCAGGUGUACAGCCCCAAGCAGCUGGGCAAGUGGCUACUCUACCUCGCGGAGCCCCUGCGCCUCGACGUGGAGGGCGGCGGCGAGUGCCAGCCCAACGAGGGCGUCAUCAACCCGCUGGGGCUCCUCCCGGAGGCUGAGGUGAACGCCAGCGCCGCGGCCGCCGCCGCCGGCGGCCAGACGCCGCGCCACGCCCCCAGGACCAAGCGCGACGUCGAGAUGGUGCUCUCGCCCGAGACGCACUACGACGAGGUCACCGGCCGCCAGCACAACAUCGUCAGGAUGAGCUGCUCGAGCGGUACGCCAAGUGCAUCGUGUUCCGCUGCCGCCUGUACGAGCUGGGCGGCGCGCAAGGAGGCGAGGUUGACGGUGACGUCGCGCCUGUGGACAUUCACGCUGGUAGAAGACUACCGCGCUGACGGCCGUCCACAUCACGUCGCACGCGCGCCUGCAUCUGCCCCAGGGGUCGCUGCUGCAGCAGAACGGCUCCGACGACGUCGCAGAGAUGACGAUGGCGCUGCCGGACCGGCUGGACGUGCACGAGCCCGAGUCGGUGCCCUACUGGAUCAUCGCGGUGGCGGUGGGCGUGGGGUUGCUGCUCCUCGUGGCCCUCAUCCUCAUCCUGUGGAAGCUGGGCUUCUUCAAACGCCGCCGCCCCGACCCCACGCUCUCCGGCAACCUGGAGAAGCACCGCGACGAGAACGGCUCGUAGCGCCUCGCCAGGCGUACCAACCUCUCGCCGCCACCCGCGCGCGCGCCCCACCGCGCGCUCGGCGCUUCUGUCGGAUCGCCCUUGGUCCGAAAGGGAUGGCCCUUUUUUUGGAAAUGGACGCCAGUUUCUUCAUUUCGAGCUCGAUGGUUUCAUGUUCAUAAGAGCUGACCAUAAAUGAAGCAGUGAUGUCAUGUUAGUUGUCAUAAAAUGAGACUUGGUGGCACGGGGUGGGACAUGAACCCUGCGUUCCACGCAUUUGUCCACCUUACCACUAGAGAGCAGUAAGGGCUUGAAUUUACACGCCUUGUAUGAUUAAACGGGAGUUAGAAUAAUCAAUUGAAGUAGUUUAUGUGAUGUUUAUUAAUAUUUUUACUUUUAUUGUAUUAUACUUUCACAUUUCCUUUUUGGAGGAUUAAAAUAUUGAAUAUCAUUUGAUGUACACGUUGCUACACGUUUCGUCAACGCCAUCGUUUUGGCAAAAUUGAGAAAGAGUUCUGAUGUUUCCUUUCACAGUAGUCCCGCAGUCAUUUGCUUCGAUGAAUUCUUGAACGCCAUGGCGAGUGCAAGCUCUGCUAUCACCAGUCGACAACCGUGACAUCUCUGCUCCUGAAGAAAUCGAAAAUUCUUUUCCCUCUGGUCCUCAAAUUUCCGAAUCCUGUAAAGUACGUUGGCGAAUACAUGGAGGCGAUGUGAUCGAAAUUAAGAAAUUGGUGUUUAUUUCAAGUUGGGCGUCCCUCUAUUUAUUGUAUUGUCGUCUCAUAGGAGUACGAAACGUCAAGGGUCCAGUCCCGCUCGGCAGCUACUUCGCCUGCUCGACCUAUGCCCGAAUUCUGUGGGACUCUGUAUUCACCAUCCGAGAGAAGUCAAUGAGCGAUAUUUUUAAUUUAAAACAAAAACCUUCAUACGAGUAAAGCAAUGCAAGUGUCUCGAUUUGUAUCUAAUGGUAGAUCAUAUUUUUUCUUAGUUUGAGCAGGACGUGCUUUUUUUCUUUAAAGGUGCUUGUAAUGUGUUCAAAUUGAUCUGAAAAGUGCCUGAAGAUGUUUUGUAAGUUUCGAUUAGAGAUUUUGCAAAUGGUGUUUCGAGCUGUGUCUUGAAUUUUUUGAAAAUACAUUAAGAAUAUUGUUGUAUCAUUGAAUUAAUAAGGAAUGGCUGUUUUUUCUGCGCAAGUUUGUGUUAAAUGUGCUUAUAUAAUUUUCAACUUACGGCAAAAAAUAUCCUCCUAUUGUCUUGUAGGUGAUGGAGAACACUCAGGGCAGAAUGUGCACAAUAUUUGCGAGAAAGAUAAAAAUGCUCGAAUGAAUUUUGUAUGAGAGCAUACGUUAUUGAUAAAUAUUCCGUGGCGUAACGAAAACAACGAACUCUUAGCACAACGUAGCAUUCUGCCACUCACUGCUCUCAACUACCUUUUAUUUCUAGCGUGUUGUUUUAGAGAGCCCCUUCAUCGAAAAUUCAAUACUGCAAGUGGUAUCUUAGACUCGAUUGCAAAAAUUUGUAGAAAAUAAUGUUCAAAUACACCAACAUCAGAUGCAAGAGUCAAUUUUCCUCACUGACAAUUGGAUAUUGAUCUCUAACUAUCAAAUGUGAUGUUUUAUUUCACUUAAAAUUAAUUCUUUAACAAUCACGUAUUCUUCCAAGAAUUUUUGCUCUUUAUAUCCGCCGUUCAAUUUUCCAUUUUGGCCUUCUACUGUUUCGCGAGUGCUGCGACCUACAAACCCAACUCCUUCAAAGACUCGUACUUUCGGAAGCGAAGCUUCUACCAAACGAAUCUUUCGGGGAGAAGGGAUUGGCACCCGCUGCUGUGCUGUGUGUGCCUUGGCGACGGCAUCUAGAAGAGGAGGGUUAGUGCCUUCGAACCACUUCAUCACUUCCGUUUCCGUUUUCACCUCACCUCGUCUCACCAUCCUUCACUUCACCCGCUGUCUUCGUAGAGCCGUCGUCUUCAAUGGGAUUUUUUUACAGUAUUUUGUUACUUCAUCGAGAUGUGCUCCUGUGGUAUUCUUGUUGUAAAAAAGAUUUUUCUGUCGUAAUAAAAGACCUGAAACGACGUUGCCUUUUUUUCUUCCGACAGUUUUGCCUUUCCUCCUCCUGCAAGUGGUCUUUUGUGUCUGGUGCGCGCCUUCCAGCUGCAGAAUCUUCCCAACCUCUCGAGGAGACUCCAGAAAGUGAUACUCGAAAUUGCACGCUUUCUUCCGAGGACGCCAAUGGAUAAAAGAACCGAUAAAUAUUACGCCUACUAGUUCUACUUGGGCCGAAGUGGGGAGCUCCAGAGAGGUCGAGUCGACGAGUAAACAAUAUUUGGUAAAAAACUUAUUAUCUCCUUAUAAUAAUAACUUUUACAACUAUUCAGUUGCCUUAUAACUAAAAUAAAAAACAGUUUUAACCCCUUUUUGGUAAUUACUUAAAG